AAGUUGUUGCAAGAAAUCGAGCAAAAGGCCGCUUUUGCACAGCAGCAGCUGGCUAUUGUUCGCUCGCAGAUCGCCUCGAAAAACCGCGAGAAGCGUUUGUUGCAGUUGUCGGACACAGAACUGGAUGUGUUGCCAAAGGAGACGCCGGUAUAUGAUGGGGUUGGAAAGAUGUUCGUCUUAACCUCCAUUGAAGACGUCAAGAAGCGACAGUCGAAGGAGGCCACAAAUGUAAAAGCCGAGCUCGAGAACCUGGAGAAAAAGCUUCAUUACCUGGAGACCACCCUCUCCAACUCACAGCAGCACAUGGAGGCCAUAUUCAAGCGAGGAGGCUGA